CUCUGUUUUGCCUUUGCUUUUGCUUGCUUCGCUUGCUCGCUUCCUGGCUUUUAUUGUCACGCGCACCUCCCCAACCCAAAACCCUAGCCGCCGCCGCCGCUGCUUGCUGAGGACAUGUCUCCACUGCUCGCGGACGCAAAAGUUGUGUGAUACGCGUGGUACAAACCUUCUUCAGCACGUGCUGCUCUCUCCGCCGAGCCGGCAUGGAGGAGAGGCCAUAGAUCGCCGGGGCUCGCCUCCGCCGCCGCCGGACGCGGCGGCGGAGAAGGAUGAGGGCUCCCAGGGUCUGCAGCUCCCGGAGGACAUCCGCUGGGAGCGGCUCGACAAGGCGCGCUUCUUCGUCCUGGGCGCCGGGCUCUUCUCCGCCGUCUCGGCCGCGCUCUACCCCGCCGUCGUCCUCAAGACGCGCCUCCAGGUCGCCCCAGUGGCGUCAGCGGGUGCGGCAGCGCUCCCUCCCUCCGCCAUCGCCGCGGCCGCCGCCAUUAUGCGCCGGGAGGGCCCCCUCGCCUUCUACCGCGGCUUCGCCACCUCCCUCGCCGGCACCGUCCCGGCGCGCGCGCUCUACAUGGGCGCGCUCGAGGCCACGCGCUCCGCCGUCGGUCCGGUCGCGCUCAACCUCGGCGCACCAGAGCCCGCUGCGUCGGCGGCUGCCGGCGCCGCCGCGGGCCUUGCCGCCGCGGUUGCCGCGCAGGUCGUGUGGACACCCGUCGACGUGAUCAGCCAGCGCCUCAUGGUUCAGGGCAACCCCUGCCCCGCCUCCCGCUACCGUGGCGGCGUCGACGCCUUCCGCAAGAUUGUUGGUUCCGACGGCCUGCGCGGCCUGUACCGUGGCUUCGGCAUGUCCAUCCUAACAUACGCCCCCUCCAAUGCCGUGUGGUGGGCAACUUACUCACUGUCACAAAAGAUAAUUUGGAGUGGGAUUGGCUGCUACUUGUGUGAGUAUGGUGUUGGUGUUCAAGAAAUUGAUCUUGGCGAUGGGGAUUCUUCACUGCAGCCAGGUUGCAAGACCAUUAUGGUAGUGCAGGGAGUGAGUGCUGCAAUGGCUGGCGGCGCGUCAGCGCUUGUGACCAUGCCACUGGACACCAUCAAGACCAGGAUGCAGGUCAUGGAUGGGGAAGGUGAACCAAUUACCGUGGGGAGGACGGUGCGGAGGCUCAUCAAGGAAGGUGGGUGGGCUGCUUGUUACAGGGGGCUUGGCCCGAGGUGGGCAUCUAUGUCAUUGUCCGCCACCACCAUGAUCACCACCUAUGAGUUCCUCAAGCGGCUCUCAGACAAGGGCCAAGAGAGCGGCCUUGCAUGACGUUCGAUGACAAGUAUAGACAGCAGUAAUCAGGUGCUUUUGCUUUGUUUCUUUAGUUCAUUUCCAACACUCGAUAUGUUAUGUGUUGAAAAUAACGGUGAUCAAACGUUUGUACAUAUCUUCGUUUGUUCCUCUAAUCAAGUUUCCAAAUCAAUGCAAUUCACUUUGCUUAUACAUUA